AUAAAACAGACCCUAAAAGCUCUGACCCUAUAAAACACAAACCCGAAAUGCUCUGACCCUAUAAGAUUCAUUUGAUGGGGUUUCGGGUCGCCCUUCAUCCCAAUGCUGUUGGUUGGGGUUUGAGGCUUGGGAUGGGGCUUUUAUGGGGCUUUUAUGGGGUUUUUAUGGGGUUUUUAUGGGGUUUUUAUGGGGUUUUGAGGCUCCUUUUCAUCCCCUUCCUUUCCUUCACCCUUAGGAGGACCUAAAAGGGUUUUUAUGGGGUUUUUAUGGGGUCCUUAUGGGGUUCUUAUGGGGUUUUGAUGCUCCUUAUCACCCCCUUGCUUUCCUCCAUCCUCUCUAGGAUCUAAAAGGGUUCUUAUGGGGUUCCUAUGGGAUCUUAUGGGGUUCUUACGGGGAUCUUAUGGGUUCUUGUGGGGUCCUUAUGGGGUUCUUAUGGGGUUCUUAUGGGGUUCUUAUGGGUUCUUAUGGGGUUCUUAUGGGUUCUUAUGGGGUCCUUAUGGGGUCCUUAUGGGGUCCUUAUGGGGUUCUUAUGGGGUUCUUAUGGGUUCUUAUGGGUUCUUAUGGGGUUCUUAUGGGGCUCUUAUGGGGUUCCUAUGGGUUCUUAUGGGGUCCUUAUGGGGUCCUUAUGGGGUUCUUAUGGGGUUCUUAUGGGGCUCUUAUGGGGUUCUUAUGGGGUUCUUAUGGGUUCUUAUGGGGUUCUUAUGGGGUCCUUAUGGGGUUCUUAUGGGGUUCUUAUGGAUUCUUAUGGGUUCUCAUGGGGUUCUUAUGGGGCUCUUAUGGGGUUCUUAUGGGGUUUUUAUGGGGUUCUUAUGGGGUUCUUAUGGGUUCUUAUGGGGUCCUUAUGGGGUUCUCAUGGGGUUCUUAUGGGGCUCUUAUGGGGUCCUAUGGGGUUCUUAUGGGGUUCUUAUGGGGUCCUUAUGGGGUUCUUAUGGGGUCCUUAUGGGGUCCUUAUGGGGUCUUUAUGGGGUUCUUAUGGGGUCCUUAUGGGGUCCUUAUGGGGUUCUUAUGGGUUCUUAUGGGGUUCUUAUGGGGUUCUUAUGGGGUUCUUAUGGGGUUCUUAUGGGGUUCUUAUGGGUUCUUAUGGGGUCCUUAUGGGGUUCUUAUGGGGUUCUUAUGGGGUUCUUAUGGGGUCCUUAUGGGGUUCUUAUGGGGUUCUUAUGGGUUCUUAUGGGUUCUUAUGGGGUUCUUAUGGGGUUCUUAUGGAGUUUCAAGCCUCCUUAUCAUCCUCCUUCCUUUCCUUCACCCUUAGGAGGAUCCAAAAGGGUUCUUAUGGGUUCCUAUGGGGUCCUUAUGGGGUUCUUAUGGGGUUCCUAUGGGUUCUUAUGGGGUUCUUAUGGGGUUCCUAUGGGUUCCUAUGGGUUCCUAUGGUUCCUUAUGGUUCCUCACCCUGCCAUCCUUGCAGUACAUCUCAUACUGCUGAUGGGGUUCUUAUGGGGUUCUUAUGGGGUUCCUAUGGGUUCCUAUGGGUUCUUAUGGUUCCUCACCCUGCCAUCCUUGCAGUACAUCUCAUACUGCUGAUGGGGUUCUUAUGGGGUUCUUAUGGGGUCCUUAUGGGGUUCCUAUGGGUUCCUAUGGGUUCUUAUGGGUUCCUAUGGGUUCCUAUGGGUUCUUAUGGGGUUCUUAUGGGGUUCUUAUGGGUUCUUAUGGGUUCUUAUGGGUUCUUAUGGGUUCUUAUGGGGUUCUUAUGGGGUCCUUAUGGGGUCCUUAUGGGGUCCUUAUGGGGUUCUUAUGGGGUCCUUAUGGGGUUCUUAUGGGCUUCUUAUGGGGUUCCUAUGGGUUCUUAUGGGUUCCUAUGGGGUUCCUAUGGGUUCUUAUUGGGUUCUUAUGGGUUCCUAUGGGUUCUUAUGGGGUUCUUAUGGGGUUCUUAUGGGGUUCCUAUGGGUUCUUAUGGGUUCCUAUGGGGUUCCUAUGGGUUCUUAUUGGGUUCUUAUGGGUUCCUAUGGGUUCUUAUGGGGUUCUUAUGGGGUUCUUAUGGGGUUCUUAUAGGGUUCUUAUGGGGUUCUUAUGGGUUCUUAUGGGGUUCUUAUGGGGUUUCAAGCCUCCUUAUCACCCCCUUCCUUUCCUCCAUCCUCUGUAGGAUCCAAAAGGGUUCUUAUGG